GUCACCACCCCAUACUAGUCAAGUUGGUAAAUCUGCAAGACAAAUGCAGAAGUUUUGGGAGUCGCGCAACACAUGUUUCCGUCUGUAUUGUAGUGCAGUUUAGCAAGGGCAGGCGCAUCACAAACCCAUCCCCUCAUCCUGUUUACAGCAUUAGAAAUUCGAGAGCAAGGCUGGAAAUGCCUCUCAUAGGGCUGCGCAUUACAAAUGUGUCUGUAAUCGAAAUACUGUAUGAGAAUUCUAGGGUGGGGACGUUUUUUCUCAGGAUGAGUCGCGCGGUCUGUAUCAAAUGUAAAAAUGUCUGGGUCUGGAAACUUGUGAUGCUGUGUGGCGUAUCAUGAGGAGGCGACACUUGCUGGCUCAGCAUGACAAGUUUCUGAGCUUCUAGGUGUUGCCUAUUCUGCAUGACAAACUACGUUUCUGCAUGACAGAAAAGUGGGGCUCUUUGGUAAUGUGCAUGACAGAUGCAAGAGUCAUGCAGACAAGCAUGACAAACUUGCAUUCUUCCAGACCCAGACAUUUUUACAUUUGAUAGUCUGGCCGCUUGGACUACACCAUGGAAGAGGCGGCUAUGGCGU